AGGCCCCUCCCAUCACACGGACAGCGCGCGGCCGUCAAUGGCACGUCACCUGUCUCUAACAUGUAGCUAGAAACGCUAACACGGCUCGAAAUUCAACUCAGAUGACCACCAGUCAGGUCGCACUUACUUUUUCGUCCGGCCGAAGUGAAACAGCAUGUCAAAAAUGUUCAUUACAGUUCGUAAUCCCAGAUGAGAGCCGUUGAGGGCAGACCUGACCGUGUGAAAUUAACCGCAUUAGCUAGCCAGCUAGCUGGGUUUACCUUUAGCUGCGCUAGUCGAAAAGCGCUAAUAUCAAUAACGGCCCGAAUAUUUAGAUGCUUAGCGAGUGGCUUCUCGUCAGAAAGGCACAUUUGACGGCCGCCCGGAACGUGGCGUCUACUGGAAGGGUGAUUUGGACAUAAAAAACGUGGCCUGAGGCAUGGGGGCGUUUUUAGAUAAGCCCAAAACAGAGAAAUACAAUGCGCACGGGGAAGGGAACGGCCUGCGCUUUGGCCUCAGCAGCAUGCAGGGAUGGAGGGUGGAGAUGGAGGAUGCCCACACAGCAGCCGUAGGCCUGCCACACGGGUUGGAUGACUGGUCCUUCUUCGCCGUCUACGACGGGCAUGCCGGCUCGCGUGUUGCAAACUACUGCUCCAAACACCUGUUGGAACAUAUCGUCGCCGCAGGGUCAGCAGAUGAACUGAGAAAGGCUGGAGCUCCGGCACCUGAGACGUCAGCCAUAGAGGCGGUGAAGAGGGGUAUUCGCGCCGGCUUCCUGAGGAUCGAUGAACACAUGCGCAGCUUCACAGACCUGCGAAACGGCAUGGACCGCAGCGGCUCCACCGCGGUGGCUGUGCUGCUCUCUCCAGAACACCUGUACUUCAUUAACUGUGGGGACUCACGGGCCCUUCUCUGUCGUAAUGCUCAUGUCUGCUUCUCCACACUGGACCAUAAGCCCUGCAACCCACGGGAGAAGGAGCGUAUACAGAACGCAGGUGGUUCUGUGAUGAUCCAGAGGGUUAAUGGAUCGCUGGCUGUAUCCCGUGCACUGGGUGACUAUGACUACAAGUGUGUAGAGGGCAAGGGCCCCACAGAGCAGCUAGUGUCACCGGAGCCUGAAGUAUUUGAAAUCGCUCGGUCAGAUGCGGAGGAUGAAUUCCUGGUGCUGGCGUGUGACGGUAUUUGGGAUGUGAUGAGCAAUGAGGAGCUAUGUGCCUUUGUGCGAUCGAGGCUGGAAGUGACAGAUGACCUGGAGAGAGUGUGCAAUGAGGUUGUGAAUACAUGUCUACAUAAGGGAAGUCGAGAUAAUAUGAGUAUUGUAUUAGUCUGUUUGCCAAAUGCACCCCAGGUGUCAGAAGAAGCUAUAAAGAGAGAUGCUGAGUUGGACAAGUACCUUGAGUCUCGUGUGGAAGAGCUCAUUGAGAAAGCAGGGGAAGAAGGUGUGCCUGAGCUGGCGCAUGUCAUGAGCAGCCUGUCCCAAGAAAGCAUCCCCAAUCUCCCACCAGGGGGCGGCCUUGCUAGCAAGCACAGUGUUAUUGAAGCAGUGUACAAACGGUUGAACCCCGAAAGAGAAGAGGAUGGUAGUGGUGCUGACCUUGAGGACCCGUGGUAGUCAUCCCACCGGAGGAAAGAGCACCUUUUCUACACAAGACAUCAGUCUUUUUUUUUUUUUCAGUGAAACCCAAGAGAUUCAACGGACAGUCUUUCAAGAGUCACAACACAAUGGAAACAGUACAACCAAAAGCAUUACAAACACUUUUUUUUUCAUAUAUAUGGGGGGAAAAUGGAGUUCCAGUUUUAAAAACAAACGAAAAUAACAAAAUGCACAUCAUACAAUAAAAAACAGUUUUUCCUCACUUUUUUGUGGUGGCUGUGGGUGUUCAUAUUGAAACUGAGGAUGGACCCAUGUGUGUGCUGUGGUGCCUUUUCAAGUCUGAAAAGAGGUUUGCCAAUGUCAGAUGCCCUGAACCCAUACAGUUAAUAAACUUGGCUAUAAGAGACCGCUACAGCCCCUGGUGUGGGGUUGUAGAUCAUCACUGGGUUUAAUUGAGGAAAUACUUGACUGAUAAAUGCCUGUGGAUCAUGUUUUAAAAAACUGCUUCAUUACUACAUAACCUGCGUGGAAAGGAUUGAAGCUUGUUGGCUUUUUGCACCUUUUCUCCUUCCUCGUGUGCGCUGACUUAUCUUUAGGAAGAACCUCGGACUCCGCUUUGUUUUGCAGGUUAUCACUUGAUUGGUUGUCAAAAGCUUUUUAAUCCUGCUGUUUCAGAGAAUAUAGAAUAUAUAGAGAGAAAUAUAUAUAAAUUCAUAUAUAUUUUUUAUGUUCCUCAAGUUUGACGUUCUUUGUGGCUUAACGUGUGAAGCAAUCGAGUUGUGUUGGUGGCACCCGAUGAGCGUGCCAUGUUGUGUCAAUACUUUAGACGCACUGAGAUUGUUGAUGUACUUGUGUAACCCUGCCACCCAAGGACUGUGGGGGAUGUUGGCUAAAAGGGAUUGUAAGUAACCACCAAAGCCACGCAGCUUUUCUCAGCUCCCCCUUUGUAUUAUAUCUCUCAGUCUUCUCUCCUUAUCAGCCCUCACUUUCACAAUUCAGAUGUAAACUUGCAGCAACCUGCCUUUCUUCUUCUUUUUUUUUUUCUUCAAAGUAUGUUGUAAAGUGUUUAUUUUUUGUUUUGGUUAGCUGAUCACGAAAAUACUAGCUUUGUGAUGAACUCGCAAGUUAUUUUCCGAUUCAUCAUUCAAGUGUAACGUUGGUUUUGCUCCGAUAUAUUUUCAGCAGUCCAUGGACUUGAGUUCUCAGAACCUGAAAGAUGAUAUUGAGCAGAACAAUAAAGAUAAAGGAAAAAGCA